AACAUCAAAAGAGGUCAUUGCGUUUGCCGCUUCCAUAGCCUGGAAAUUUUCAGGUCCCGGCAUCCAUCCCAACACCUCACCUCACUCCCGUAUCAAAAACUUCCUCUCUCCACCAAGAGGGGUCCAUUCAGAAAAGAUGUCGAGUGAUGGACAUGAACCAACAGCCAUGACCUUUGAACUGCUCAAGACCGCCGUUAAGGAUGGCGGUGCCAGACUCGGUCGUUUGGCCUUUCCAGGUCGUCGGACUGUUGACACUCCCAACUUCUUCGGCCUCACUUCGAGAGGUGUCAUCCCUCACGUAACCCCCGACAAUGUUGAGAAACACUUGCUCACCAAUGGCACAUAUAUGGCCUUGGAGGACUUUAUCGAGCGCCCGCAGCAAUACAUGACCCGUUCACCUCCCGUCUAUGAGACUCCCUCGCCCAACAACAAGCCUCUUCAGAGCUUCACAGCCAUGCCCUCCUCCAUCAUCACCGUUCUCGGUUCCCGGAGGAUUCCCGCAGUCGCCGCCCCCAUGGGCAACACCAACCAGUCCAUCUCCGUCUUCACCUCCACCGGCUUCCAAGCCGUCACCACAAAGCAGUACAUCAACGCCAUCCAGACUCUCAACCCCGACAUUGCCAUUCCUCUCGCCGACCUCACCCACAAGACCAGCGCGCCCACCUCCAAGCGCGCCCUCCGCAUGGCCGAGCGCACCGACGACUGGAUCAAGGAGUGGUUCAUGGACAUGUACGGCCGAAACCAGGAGCCCUCCAAAAUCGCAACCUUCGCCCCCGUCCUUCCCAUCAGCUACUCCAUCCAAUGGGAGUAUCUCGAGCGUCUCUCCGAAGAGCAUCAGUCCAACCCCUCUGUUCUCUCCGGCCUAGCCGUCUACGAUGCCGACCUGAUCCCCGACAUCUCCGCCUCCUACCAGAACCUCGACACCCUGCCCCGCUUGGCUCUCUCCACGCCCUCCAACCCCCACCAAGUCCUCCGCCAGCUUUCCUUGGGAAUGGACAUUUUCCUCCUUCCCUUCCUCUCGACCGCCUCCGACGCCGGCAUCGCUUUGUCCUUUACGUUUCCCCCACCUUCCUCCGAGUCUUCAGACCUUUUGCCCUUGGGCAUCGACAUGUCCUCCCCCGAGCACGCCAUCUCCCUCCAGCCCCUGACCGAAUCCUGCACCUGCUACGCCUGCACCACGCACCACCGUGCUUUUGUUCAGCACUUGCUUUGCGCCAGAGAAAUGCUGGGCUGGACGCUGUUGCAGAUUCACAACCACGCCGUGCUGGCUUCCUUUUUUGCUUCCAUCCGCGAGGCGCUGGCCGAUGGUACCUUUGAGGAGAAGGCGAGGCAGUUUGCGUUGAGGUACGAACCUGAGAUUCCUCAGGGUUUGGGAGAGAGGCCGAGGGCGAGGGGGUAUCACUUUAAGAGCGAGGGACCGGGUGAGCAGAAGAGGAAUAGACCUGCUUGGAGCAAGUUUGAGGGUGAGAAGAAGAUUGAGGACAAGGUUGCGGAUCUCAGGAUAGAGGAUGAGCAGAACGGUACUUCGGGUUUGGGAUCGGGUGUGGAUUCGGUGGCUGAGACGCCGUUGGUGCCGGAUGAAAAUGCUGAUGCGAAGGAUUUGGAGGAGAGAGGGUUUGCGGAGAAGGCGGAGAAAGAAUGAUAGACUAGAUGAGAUACCAAUGGAAAAUAAUAGAAAAUUAUCGCAUU